CGCCACAGCGAUGUAAAUAAAAGGCAGAGGGUGGCUGGCGGCUGUUUGAAUGUGACAGCCGUUUUCCUGCGUCUCCUGGCUUUCCUCCCGCCUCCCCACGGUCCCCAGCAGCACGGCAACACUAACUAAGCACAGAAACACUCAGCCAAAGGAAUAUGCCAGGUGAGGCGGCAAUGAGGGAAAGCGGGCCCCCCCAGAACAAGGCUGAGGUGGUGUAUGUUGCCGAUGCUCAGCUGCUGAAAUGCUGUGAAGCUGUUCCAGUCUUUCGCCAGCGGGCUCGCCUCACCCACGCCCUCAUCGCCUCGUACGGACUCCUGAGCAAGAUGCGGGUCGUCCCCUCGGAGCAAGCCACCGAGGAGGACAUCAGGAAGUUCCACUCGCAGGAAUACGUGGAGUUUAUUCAGAAGGAGGCGUCAGAGGAAGUGACAGAAGAGGAGGCAAUGGUACAGGAUGAGUUUGGGCUGGGAUUUGACUGCCCCAUCCUGGACAAUCUCUGGGGCGUGGUCUGUGGCCUGGCUGGCGGCUCCCUCACUGCGGCCCGAGAGCUCACCGCCGGCCGGGCCAAAAUUGCUCUGAACUGGUGUGGCGGCUGGCACCACGCACAGAGGGACAUGGCUGCAGGAUUCUGCUAUGUGAAUGACAUCGUGCUGGCCAUCAUGCAGCUGCGGACGGCCUUCCCAAAGGUGCUCUACCUCGACCUGGAUGUCCACCACGGCGAUGGUGUUGAGAGCGCCUUCAUCUUCACCCCCAAAGUGCUGACGGCUUCCUUCCACCAGAGGGAGGCAGGAUUCUUCCCUGGCACCGGCGCGCAGGAAGACACAGGCCUGGGCAAGGGGCGGCUGUACUCCCUCAACGUGCCCUACAAGGAAGGGAUUACCGAUGAGCAGUUUGUGUAUCUUUUUGAGAGCAUCCUCUACCCGCUGUGUGAGGUGUUCAUGCCUGAUGCUGUGGUGUGCCAGUGUGGUGCCGAUGCCCUCAGCCAAGACCCUCUCGGGGGCGCCAACCUCACCCUGGAAGCCUACACCCGUUGUGUCACCCAUGUUGCCAACCUCUCCAAGCCCACACUGUUUCUGGGUGGAGGCGGCUACGAUAAGAUCAGCACCGCCAAGCUGUGGACGGCCAUCACCGGGACCCUCCUCAAGUGUCCUCUGCCCUCCGAGAUCCCCGACCACCAGUUCUUCAUGCGGUACGGGCCCAGCUUUGACCUGGAGGUGACGCCGGGCCUCCAGAAGAGCUCCAACACACAGGAGUCCUUGGACCAGACCAUAAAAGUAGCACAUGGGAAUAUUGAUAAAUUGGCUGAGCUACUGGGGCAAAAACAGUAAUUAUGAAAAAUAUUGUUGGUCAUGUUGGCGGUGCCGGGUGUGGUGGUCGGCGCAAUGAUUGUUUUGGGGUCUGGGGUUAGGUCAGUAGGUGUGCAGCCCACUCAGCUGGUCAUCCUCCCUUUUGGGCUGGUCAGUACAUGGGUACUACUUUAAGAAACCUGAGGAAGGUAAACAGUGGUAACCCGGAUGUCACACUGGCCUGUGUCCCGAGGUAAUGGGAUCUUACCCACCACAGGCUCAGGGCUAAGGAGUUGUUGGUGAGCUCUGAGGCCAUGCACAGCUUUAGCACAUAGAUGUAGAUAGAUAGGUUUUGGCUACAUUUAGUUCUGAGCUUUCAGCAAAAUAGGGUACUAUACAUAGCAAUACAAAAAAUUUCCUGAAGAGGUUGGCUGGGACUGAAGUCAAGUGCUUGUGUCUGAGUAGUGGUGUAGCAGUAAGGCUGUGGCAGGACUCCCAUCACUGGCCAGUCACUAUGUCUCUUGCUGUGUGACUCCCCUUCAAGCUGUGUCAAUCAGCACAUGAAGGAAGGGAGGCUUGGCUACGCUGGUGAAGGAAGUCUUUCAUUGCCACAACGGGCCUCAUGGCACUAAUACAAUUGGAUAAUAUUUUUUGCCAUUCUUUAGGUUUAGACAUCACUAAAAAAGUUUAGGAGCUUUAAUUACAGUACCUUUAUCCUUGUAAACUUGUUACUCUCAUCACCAUAACAGCUUUGUAGCAGUACACAAGUAGAAGCAACACUUUUUGCUAUUCUCUCAGUUUAAUUAUUUGUUAAAGAAGUUUUAAUCACUUUUAUACACAAAAAAUGUGAUUGAAAUAAAAUUAUAUGUUUGUC